CGCGGGAUGUGUGCUUGUUGUCAGCUGAUCACGGGGAAAUCUACGAAACGAAAACAUGAACAGGACAUUUUUCUGCUGCGAAUUGUCUGCUCUUUGUCCGAAUGAGCCCCUGAUUUAACCUCUCUAAACCCGUUUAAACACGCCUCCCCCGAACAGGUGAUGACAUCAUGUUGCCCACGGUUACGGCGGUGGUCAGAUUUGCUCACUACAAUGGCAGCACAUUGCCGUGGUUACCAAACUCCUCUGUAUUUCCCACGUUGCAGCCGGACACACAGAGCAAUAUCUCCAAACCUCACCGCUGCCUCCAGCUGCUCUACGAGGACAUCGGCCAGUCCAGGGUUCGUUACUGGGACCUGCUGCUUUUGGUCCCAAAUGUGGCCUUCUUCAUGUUCCUGAUGUGGAAAUUGCCCUCGGCCAGAGCCAAGAUCCGAGUCACCUCCAGCCCCAUUUUCAUCACUUUCUACCUACUGGUUUUUGUUGUUGCUGCAGUGGGAAUCACCAGAGCUAUUGUUUCUAUGACAGUCAGCGCCUCGAGCGCUGCCACCAUCAUCGAUAAGGUUUUGUGGGAGAUCACGCGUUUCUUCCUUUUGGCGAUCGAGCUCAGCGUCGUCAUCUUCGGACUGGCUUUUGGUCAUCUGGAGAGUAAGUCGAGUAUAAAGCGUGUUCUGGGCAUCACUGCAGUUCUGGCUCUGGCCUAUUCCAUCACUCAGGGUGCUCUGGAGAUCCUGUACCCGGACAGCCAUCUCUCUGCUGAGGACUUCAACAUCUAUGGACACGGAGGACGCCACUUUUGGUUGGCCAGCUCCUGCUUUUUCUUCCUGGUUUACUCUUUAAUAGUAAUUCUGCCCAAAACUCCAAUCAGAGAACGGAUAUCGCUGCCAUCGAAGCGCAGUUUUUACGUGUACGCACUGAUCCUGUCUCUGCUCAACCUGGUCCAGGGGGUGGGCAGUGCUCUACUGUGUGCGGGGGUCAUCCAGGGACUCUGCUGUGUGGACCUCACCACAUUCCUGUACUUCUCGGCUUUUUCUCCUCUCAUUUAUAUCACUUUCCUCAAAGGAUUCUUCGGCUCUGAGCCAAAGAUCCUGUUCUCCUAUAAGUCCCAAAUCGAUGAACCAGAGGAGAGCGAUGUGCACCUCCCACCCACUCUGGGCUCUCACAUCCACAGACGUGAUGUUCUAGACCAGGGCCUGUACUACUCCUCCACCCAGAUUGAUGCCUCGUCUCUGGGCAGAGGCCAGGGGGCAGGGGCCUAUCUUGAUGACGUGGUCUCUGGACCCUAUGGCAGCAGCGUGGAAGACCGGUGGAGACCAAUCAAUGUGUGAAAACGGAGAGAAGAACAAGAAUAUUGGAAAAUGGAUAUGGGAUUUGAAAUGAUGUUUUUACUGAGAAUCCAACUGGACAUUUCUAAACAGUGUAGAAGGUUGCUGCUUAAAAACAAGGGAGAUGGGGACUCAAAUAUAUGGGAAAAAAAUGUGAAUGGAUUUAGUUUUGAUCAACGGAAAAGCCACAACAACUGGACAACAUUGUAGUUUUGAAAAUUGGGGGAAAAUUUGUGAAUGGAUUUUGAAAUGAUCGAGAAGACAUUGAAAAAAAACUGCUUAAAAAGUUGUUCUUGAUCAAUAUUAUGGAUUGCUGUAAUCUCAAUGUCUGAAAACAAGCAAGAGAAACUUUGAAAUAUUUCCAAAAGGAUUUGAAAUUGUGGUUUUAUUCAGAAUUCAGCUGGACCCUAAAGCUGCAAGAGUAGUUUGGAAAUUGAGGAAAAUGGGUGAAUGGAUUUUGUAAUUAUUGAGAAGGCACUAGACAGUGCUGUGGACCACUACAGACCCCUGAACGCCUGAAAACUAGUGAGAGAAACUUUGAAAUUUUGUGAGAAGGAUUGGAAUUUUGAAGAUGUUGUUUUACAGAGAAUACAGCAGGAGAAACCGUGUCUUCAGAGACACUGAAGAAUGGGUCAAAUGCAGUAUUAAUAUAGAGGCACUGAAGGCUGGGUUAAGCGCUGAGGACACAUUUCCCCACAGAGACAAUAAAGUGUACCUUAAGAGUUCAGGAAAUAAGGGUUAUUGGUGACCUGUGACUUAAAAUUUUGUGAAAAGGAUUUGAGAUUUGAAAUUGUGGUUUUAUUGAGAAUGCAGCUGACCCAGCUGAUUUUGAAAUGAUAGAGAACAAAUAAACAACAAAAAAACAACAAAUAAACCCUAAAAAAGUUGGAACUUUUCUAAACAGUAUAAAGGCUUGCUGAAGACCUGUCAACACCUAAAGACAAGAGAAACGUUGAAAUAUUAUCAGAAGGAUUUGGAAUUUGGAAUUGUAUAUUCAUCGAGAAUACAACUGGACACUCAAGCUACAAGUAUUUAAGAAAUAGUUUUGGACAUUUUUGAACAGUAUAGAGGGGAGCUGCUUAAAAAACAAGAAAGGGGGACACAAGUAUUGGAGGUGAAAUUGUGACUGGUUUUUUGAGAAACUGGACCAUAAAAUUUAAUUACUGAUAUGUUGCAGCUGUUUCCAUCAACAUUCCCUGGUGUGAUGCUAACUGUAGGCACUGCUCUGUCUGAAGCUCUGUUACUCAAGUUCAGUUUGAGCACUAACACUCUCACCUUUUUGUUGAAAAUCAAACUCCUGAACAGGACCAUGAACACGUGUAUUGAUCACAGGCUCCUAAAAAUGUGUUUUUUAAAUCCAUGUUGGAUUUUUUUCUUGAGUCUUAGACUAUUAAUGUGUCCACUGUGUCUCCUUGGUAACUACUGAACAUUCAGCCAUAGACAUACAUGUAGAACCCCCCAGUGUUUACUGCAAAAUAUCAGUUGUGGCCUGUUGAAGAACUAAUGUUCAACACUGAGAAAGAGGCUGAAAAAAAAUCUGGGGACAAAAAAGUGAUUUGAUGCAGUUUGGAUUGAGAAGACAAUAAAGCAGCAAGAGUUUGUGUCAUUGAA